AUGCCGGCCACCCCUCUCCCAACCGACGGCGUCGUCGGCAAACUCACCUCUGAGCAGGAGCGCAAGCUCAAAGAGUUCUGGACCGAGUUCUUCAAGCUGAUCGACGAGUCGCCGACCGAGGGCAGCGGCGCAAAGUCGGCGGCGAUGCAGGAGGCGAGCGACAAGCCUGGAAAGGACAUCCCCAAGGACGAUGCGGCGAAGGAGCGCAUGAAGGCGGAGCAGGAGAUGCGGGACGCCAAGCUCGCUUUCAUUGAGUACGGCAGCGUUCGCUUCAUGGACGCAUACUGGCGCCUCAUCGCCAUGGACGACCCCGACGGCAUCAUGCUCCGCUUCCUUCGCGCUCGCAAAUGGUCGCCUAGCGCCGGUGUUGCAAUGCUUGCCGCGUGCGUCAAGUGGCGCAUGGGAUCGGACGUCGAGAAGAUCUUCGAGAAAGGCGAGGAGGGCAUGAAGGAGGCCGAGGGUUUCAUCAAGCAGAUGGAAAUUGGCAAGACUUACACGCAAGGAACCGACUACUUCGGUCGUCCCGUCGUCUACAUCCACGUCGCCAAGCACCGCACAUUCGACCAGUCUCCCAAGGCGCUCGAGGAUUUCGUUCUGUUCCAGAUGGAGAGUAUCAGGUGUCUCUUCGCUCCUCCCGUCGACAAGAUCAACAUGGUCUUCGACAUGACUGGCUUCGGUAUUCAUUGGCGCUGCAUCCUCUUCAUCGUCAAAUGCCUCGAAGCGUACUACCCCGAAUCGCUCAAUGUCAUGCUCAUUCAUAACGCCCCGUGGGUCUUCCAGGGUAUCUGGAAGGUCCUUGCGCCGAUGCUUGACCCCGUUGUCCGUAACAAGAUUCAAAUGACCAAGUCGACCGAAGACCUCGUCCAGCACAUCCCCAAGGCACACCUCGUCCGCGAACUCGGCGGCACGUCCGAGUGGAAGUGGCAGUACCCGCCUAUCGUUCCAGGCGAGAAUGCGCCUCAGCAGGACCGCGAAGGCAGGCAGGCGACACAAGCCGCACGCAACGCGCUCAUCGAAGAAUACGUCGAGGUGACGCGCCAGUGGAUCAAGACGGACGACCCGGCCGUGACGAAGAAGAGGCGGAUGAUUGUCGACAAGAUGCGCGCGCAGUACCAUGAGCUUGACCCGUUCAUUCGUGGGCGUGGGGCGUACCACCGGAACGGAAACAUCGUCGGAAACGGCCUUGUCGUCUUUACCUACCCGUCAAGCAGCGACGAGAAGAGCGAGGGCGAGUGGGAGGUUCGCGGCUACGAGACGUGCCGCGAGUCGUGCUUGCUCCGCGCAAAGGUGACGGAGGAGGAGCUCAAGGCGGGCGUCUGA